UUUCUGUUGGGCUCACUGCAUGAACUGGCACCGCAGGGUAAAGAACAACAGAGUGAGAGAGGAGAGGACAAACCAUGACUUUAAGAUCAGCAGCAAGAGGAUUUCUAGCUUUCCUUCUAUCAGUACCAGCGCUUCAGGGUAUUGAUCAAUGGACGGUUACUUACUCAUCUAGUAACGUCUGCGCUUUAAGAAAAUCAACUGUUGACAUCAACUGCACUUAUGAAUACCCUGACAACGUUCUAUACCACCCUACCAAAGUCUAUACACUGUGGUUUACUAAAGUAUCCAACGAUCAGCCUGUUGAUCUGCAAGGUGAUGCAGACUAUACAGGUCGUGUUGGAUACAGCUGUGGAGAGGACAGCUGUAAUGGGUCCAGAUGUCAUGGAACAUGUACCCUGAGAAUCAAAGACCUGAGAGAGAGCGACUUUGCUGUCUACGAAUUUAGGUUCACAACAAACCAACCACGUGGGGAAUAUACUGUUGACCCUGGAGUGACAUUAUUUGUAUCAGAUCUCCAGGUGAAGGUGUCCUUUCCUGACCCUACCGAUCCUACCAGGGCAGAGCUGGAAUGUCACAGUAGGUGUGGUCUAGCUGGGAACCAUCUCUACACCUGGUUCAGGAAUGGAGAGAAUGUAGGACAGGGAGUGAACUCCUGGGUCCAACCUCAGUCUGGAGGCAGCUAUUCAUGUGCUGUUGAAGAACACAAUCUCAGCUCUCCUUUAGUGUACGCUCCAAAGACCCCCUCAGUGACCGUGAGUCCCUCUGGUGAAAUAGAGGAGGGCAGUUCAGUGACUCUGAACUGCAGCAGUGAUGCCAACCCAGCAGCUGACUACACCUGGUUCAAGGUUAAUGGAGAUAAUUUCUCCAGAGACACGAACCAGGGACAACCGCUCUUCUUUAGACGCAUCCUAUCUACAAACUCUGGACAAUAUCGUUGUGACGCACAAAAUAAGCUAGGGAAAGAAUCAGUCUCAAUCUCUAUCAAUGUCCAAUAUGGGCCGAAUCACACAUCUGUGUAUUCAAGUCCCUCUGGUGGAAUAGAGGAGGGCAGUUCAGUGACUCUGAGCUGCAGCAGUGAUGCCAACCCAGCAGCUAACUACACCUGGUUCAGGGAACAUGAAGACUCAGUGAGAGAAUCAGGACAGAACUACACCAUUACUAAUAUCACAUCUGAGCAUGAAGGAAACUAUUACUGCCAAGCUCAUAAUGCAUUCGGACGUCACAAUUCCUCAUUUUUAUUCAUUAAGGUGACAUCAUCAUCACUGACAGCAAUGGUAGCUGUAUCAACCAUUGUUAUGUUAUUGGCCACCAUUCUCCUCCUCGUCUUCCUCUGGAUGAGAAGAAAGAGGGCCUUCAGAAAGGCAUGUGAACAGGGAGGAAGGCCAGAUACCGUGGAGGAGCCACUUCCUGUUCCUGUGUAUGAAAACGCCUCAGCUCUGACCAAUCAAAUGGUUCCUACAGCACUCAGAGAACCAACUGAAGAGCAUGAUGACCUUCACUAUGCCAGCAUCCACACCUCUCGCUCAAAGAACCAGGAAGUUCCUCGCUGGUUGCCUGGCUCUCGUGUCCAAUCAGACCAGACAGAUGCAUUAUUUUACUCUGUGGUCAACGUUAAGAGACCCAACGCUGUCCCUGGAGAAAGAGAGAAGACAGAGGCGACAGAAACCUCAGUGUUGUACAGCACUGUCAAAAAAUAACCCAGAAAUUGAACCAGUUGCUGCAGCAGGAUUUAAAUAGUGAGUUUAGGUAGAGUGUCUCAUCUGUUUAGUUGAACAGGACAAUACGCUGGUUGCAUAUCAUAUGGCGCUUAAUUACCUGGAAUGAUACCUCAUCUGAUGUCUGUUGAGUUUAUUGUACUUAAUUACUUGAUUUUGUAUGUUCCACUUGUGAUGCCCCCAUAUCUUAUCCAGGGUCUCUUGCUCUGGUGGAUGAAGCUCCGCUUCAUUGCUACCACCUGUUGGUUACCAGGAUGUACUGCACCUGUGAGGAGAGGGACAAUACCUGUCUGGGUUUGUUAGCUAACCAUCGUUGCCGUCUCCUGGCUGCACUGAAACAUUAUUAUAUUUUACGGAUUUCCCCUGUUCAUUGUCUUUUUACUUGUUAAUAAAACAGAAAUGUUCACCAACCCUUCCAAACAAUACCUUGAUCAACUGAAUCUGAAUAAAUUGCUAUUGCUUGGAG